GUCGAGACGGUAUGGAUGGGCGAUGAAGGGAUAUAAAGGAAAUCAUAUCGCCGGUAAAUUUUGGGAGUCGAAAAUUGAAAACGCAAAGAAUUAAGCACCUAUUAAAGAUAUAGGUAUUAAUAAUUACCCCUUUUCUCUCGCUAUUCGAUUACAACAUACCUUGGGUACAAUAUCAAAGACCUAUAGUCAAAACCCCCUUACCGGUCCAAGAACUUCAUUUUCGAUUAUAUACCAACAAUUAAAUCAAUUCACCAUAAGGCCUGCCUAAAUUCAAGAACAAUGAAUUCCUACUCCAACUCCAACUACAACCCCCCCGCCGACAUCCCGCCGCAACUCUCAGACCUGCACUGCUUCACCGAGACCGAAGGCGUCAUCACAACCACCAUGUUCGACGUGCCGGGGUACCGCGUAGUCAAAGUCCUCGGCACCGUCUACGGCCUAACCGUCCGGUCGCGGAACUGGGCCGCGAGCAUGAGCAUGGUGAUCAAGAGCAUAGCCGGCGGCGAGCUGCGCUGGUUCACCAGUAUGCUCUACUCGGCGAGGAACGAUGCAAUUAGUCGAGUCGUGGCCGAGACCAAGGCGCGCGGUGGGAAUGCUAUUAUCUGCCUCCGCUUCGAAUCGGGUGAUAUGGCUAGUUUCGCCCAGUGCUGCGCUUAUGGUACCGCUGCUGUUAUCGAGAAAAUUGAUCCCAGUACACAGGUUCCUCCGCAGCUUGUUAAUUAACUUCGACGCAUGUUUUAAAUUGCGUGGGCUGACGGGAAGGUUAUGUUGGAAUGUGGGAUGGCAAUAAGCUUUUAAGGGGGGGUUGAAACUGCGAUGACAUUGGAAGCUCAAGGGUUGUUUAUGACCGUUAGAUACCACA